CAUCUCUCUCUCUCUCUCUCUCUCUCUCUCUCUACAUUGCACACAAUCAUCAUUCAUAUAUAUAUAUACAGAGUAUAUAUACAUAUAUAUCUAUCUGUAUUCUCUCUCGGUUUAAUGGAAAAUUCUACUCGGUGUUCUGUUAUCAUCGUCGGAGCCGGAAUCUCAGGGAUUGCGGCUGCGAAGGUGUUGGCGGAGAAUGGGAUGGACGACGUGGUGAUACUGGAGGCGGCGGAUAGGAUUGGGGGGAGGAUAAGGAAGGAGGAAUUCGGCGGAGUGAACGUGGAGCUCGGUGCCGGUUGGAUCGCCGGCGUCGGCGGCCAGCAAUCUAACCCCAUAUGGGACCUCGCUACUCAAUCCGACCUUCGCACCUGCUUCUCCGACUAUAGUUACGCUCCCUACAAUAUCUACGACCAAAGUGGGAAGAAAUAUCCAAUUGCUAUCGCAACUGAUUCAUACCAGAAGGCUGUAGACUCGGCGAUUCAGAAACUGAACCAUUGCAUCACAGCUGAUGCUUCCGUUCUGCCUGAAACGAUGCAUACUCCUAAAACACCAAUAGAGCUAGCAAUUGACUUCAUUCUUCACGAUUUUGAAAUGGCAGAGGUGGAACCCAUAUCAACCUACGUAGAUUAUGGCGAGAAAGAAUUUCUGGUUGCUGAUGAAAGAGGUUACGAACAUUUGCUUUACAAAAUGGCGGAAACUUUUCUGUUUACCUCAGAGGGUAAAAUUGUGGACGGUCGUCUCAAACUUAACACGGUUGUUCGGGAAGUGAGGCACUCGAGAAAUGGCGUUUCAGUUACCACAGAGGACGGCCAAGUUUUCCAAGGCAAUUACAUAAUAUUAUCUGCUAGCAUUGGCGUUCUGCAAAGUGAUCUCAUUUCCUUCCAACCACCCUUACCAAGAUGGAAGACAGAAGCCAUUGAAAAUUGUGACAUUAUUACUUACACAAAGAUAUUUCUCAAGUUCCCCAAAAAAUUCUGGCCUUGUGGCCCUGAAAACGAGUUCUUCAUUUAUGCCCAUGAACAAAGAGGAUACUAUACGUUCUGGCAGCACAUGGAAAAUGCAUACCCUGAGUCCAAUAUUCUGGUGGUCACUCUCACGAAUGAGGAGUCUAAACGCGUGGAAGCUCAAUCAGAUGAAGACACGCUAAAAGAAGCCAUGGAAGUGCUGAGAAAGAUUUUUGGGGCGGACAUUCCUGACGCCACACACAUCCUUGUGCCACGCUGGUGGAAUAAUCCCUUCCAGCGUGGCAGCUAUAGCAAUUACCCCGUCUACGGAAAUGCCCGACUCGCACAUGAUCUCAAGGCACCAGUCGGGCGGAUAUUUUUCACGGGAGAACACACUAGUGAGAAAUUUAAUGGCUAUGUCCAUGGGGGCUAUCUUUCCGGCAUAGACACUUGCAAUGAUCUACUAAAAGAAAUGAGGAAGGAGGAGGAGGAGGAAAGAAAGAGGAAGAGCGUAGGUGUGCUACUAGAGCCGUUGCUGGCACUCACUGGAUCACUGAGACUCAAAAAAGCAGAUGCUUUAUCAGGUCUCAACAAAUGGGAUAUUCCUAGCUGGCUGCUCUUCCUCAGCAGCAAUAAGCUGGGACUUCCAAAGCCCAUCUUAUGAUGACUUCCAUUAAAAUGGAACCCUACGUAGUACGUACGUGGAUAACAUGCACUUUGACAACCAUAGCAAUCUAAACCCUACCCUGAAAAUUUUGGCCCAAAGAAUACUACACAAGAGAAGGGUACCUGCAUUUUUCGUUCGAUAGAAAUGUUGAUUAUUGAUUCAUGCUCUUUUCCUUUUAAUUAUCCGGAGUGUACAAUGUACAAUAAUCCAAUUCUAGUGCCUUAUCCUGCUCCUUGGUUCAUACUA